AUGCUGGCACUAACCUUCUCUACUCUGGCCUUGUUGCCAUUGUCGAAUGCACUUGUGAGAGAGGAUGGCGUGGGACGACUACCUGCUCUCGGGUGGAAUUCGUGGAACGCUUUUGGCUGCGACGUUGAUUCAGAGAAGAUCAUGACGGCGGCCAAUGAGAUGGUCAACUUGGGCCUGAAGGAUCUUGGAUAUGAAUAUGUUAAUAUCGACGACUGCUGGUCCAUCAAGAACACCCGCAAUGCCAGUACCCAUCGCAUUAUUCCAGACCCAUCGAAGUUCCCAGACGGUAUAUCUGGGAUUGCUAGCCAGGUUCAUGAUCUCGGCUUGAAGAUAGGUAUAUACAGCAGUGCUGGUGAAACCACUUGUGCCGGCUACCCAGCCAGCUUGGGCUAUGAGAAGGUAGAUGCGGAAGCUUUUGCAGAAUGGGGCAUUGACUACCUAAAAUACGAUAACUGCGGCGUCCCCUCCAACUGGACUGACAAGUAUACCGACUGUGUCCCUGAUGGAAGUGGGAACUUUCCCAAUGGCACUUGCCCUGAUCUUGAUAAUCCGGCACCAAAGGGUUACGAUUGGACCUCCUCCAACACGUUCACGCGUUAUACUAUGAUGCGCGACGCUCUCCUCGGUGCGAACAGGACUAUCUUCUACUCUUUGUGUGACUGGGGCCAGGGAGAUGUCAACACCUGGGGCAAUGAAACUGGAAACUCCUGGCGCAUGUCGGGCGAUAUAACUGCGGACUGGGCACGCAUCUCUGAGAUCGCCAAUGAAAACACCUUCAAGAUGAACUACGUCGGCUUUUGGGGUCAUCCUGAUCCAGAUAUGCUGGAGAUCGGUAAUGGAAAUCUCACGGCGGCAGAAAACAGGGCACACUUUGCCCUUUGGGCAGUCAUGAAGUCCCCUUUGAUCAUCGGCACCGCCUUGAACAACAUCAACGACGCCAAUCUAGCUGUCCUGAAGAAUAAAUAUCUGCUGGAUUUCCAUCAGGAUCCUGUCAUCGGGCGUUCCGCCCAUCCUUACAAGUGGGGAUAUAAUCCCGACUGGACCUUUGAUGCUGAACAUCCCGCGGAAUACUGGUCGGGUCCCUCAUCUACUCUAGAAGGUACGCUGGUGCUGAUGCUAAACUCCGAAAACGUCACCACAUCUCGUACAGCGGUAUGGAAUGAGAUUCCGGAGCUAGAUGGUGGCUCAUACCAAGUCAUUGAUGCUUGGAGUGGGAAGGACUUGGGAUGCGUAAAAAACCAGUACACUGCAUCUUUGUCUAGCCACGAUGUAUCAGUUUUGAUUGUCAAGGGAAAGUGCUAG